AUGGCCGAUGAUCCUACUGGCCCCAUCUCGGUGCCAGUCGCCAUCGUCUUGGGCCUCGUCGCUUCCUUUGUGCAGUCGCUGGGCCUGACAAUUCAGCGGAAAUCGCACGUCCAAAAUGCCUCGCUGCCCACGACUCAGCAGCGAAGCGAGUGGAAGCGGCCGCUCUGGAUCCUCGGCUUUGCCAUCUUUCUCUUUGCAAAUGUCGGCGGCACCAUCUUCCAGAUUGGGGCGCUGCCCAUCGUCAUGCUCGCACCCCUGGGCGCAGUCAGCCUCCUCUACAACGCCUUGCUCGCCAGAUUCAUUCUCGACGACUUCCUUAGCAGCUACAUGGUCAUAGGGACCGCCCUGAUCGGCGCGGGAGCAGUGUUGAUUGGCUACUUUGGUGCCGUCCAGGAACCUCCUCACACGCUCGACGAGCUUCUGGCUCUCUAUGCACGCCCUCCCUUCGUGGCAUUCUCCACCAUCUUUGUCCUUCUCUUCCUCGGCGUACUUCUCCUUGCCCAUCUUGCCGAGUGGCAGCUCCACGUCCGCCUCUUUCGACCAUACCACCCCCCAACUCGGAAGCAUUCGAGGUCCUUGUCAGCCUCGAGCAAAGGCAAGCGCAGUAAUGGCUCGUCAGGAGGAGGAGCGAGGGGUCGGCCAACGAGGCGGUGGAGUGCGCCGACUUUGGCGCCCGUCGUUGAAGUCUCAGAGAGCAGCUCGGGCAUCGCUACGCCUGUGCUCGCCAUUGCCGACGAGGCCAACCGGAGGGGCCUGCCGGUAGAGAGGGUGCUCCUCAACCGCUCCUCAGCGAACCAGAGGAGUCCAAAGAAUUACGGAGCCAUUGCAAAAACGACUGAUCCAGCAGCGCCGUCGGUCCCGCAGCAGCAGAGAGACGCUUCGCCAGUCGCGCAGGACAAGUCGACAUCAGCGGCAGCCCUCUUGGCAGCCAAGUACGACCCUGUCGUGCGAAGGACGUGCCUGGGCCUCAGUGUGGCCUACGGUGCAGCGAGUGGAACGCUUUCGGGUGCAUGCCUCCUCCUGGCGAAGAGCGGCGUCGAGCUGCUCGUCCUCACCAUCGCAGGCCACAACCAAUUUGCGCGAUGGCAGAGCUGGGCUCUUGUCGGCAUCAUGCUCGUUGCCGCCGUCUUGCAGCUCUGGUACCUCAACAAGGCACUCCGACUUGCUGACCCAACGCUGGUCUGUCCCCUCGCCUUUUGCUUCUACAACACCUCGUCCAUCGCCCUCGGACUCGUCUACUUUAACCAGCUGGGCGCGCUGAGUGCCACGAGCCUUCUCCUCGUCGUUUUGGGUACCGCCGUUCUCCUCACGGGUGUGUGGAUCGUGAGCAUGCAUGGCGAGGAGCAACCAAGUACAACCGACGGGGCAGAAGCGAUGCAGAGCCCCACAGAGAGAGAAGCCUUGCUGACGAGCAACGGAGCUGGCAUCACUGGUCCUCACCUCCUUCCCGUCUCCAGCCCGACUCAGCAGGCCAACGGGAGCGAUUCGUCACCAUCACCUUCUACCUCACCCCUCACCUCUCCCCCGGCGAGCCCUACCAGCUCUCGCCUCCUCUCGCCCCUCUCUCCCAUCGGAAAGAGCCGACGCCGCCGUUCGCGCUCCGGAAGCGGGUCUGGCAGCUUCAUUGGAGGACUUGGCCUGCAUGUUCCAGGGCUCCCACCGGCCGAUCCCACGCCUCUCGACGUUGUCUCCUCGCCCGUCUCGAUGGAGCCUGCUCCACCGCUGGAUUCGUCGCCUUCCUCCUCGUCGACGCCAGACCUCGAUAGCGGGGCACAGGUCAGCUCCAAGCCGAUGGCACGAAGCCAUUCGGAGGCGGCUACGCUCGGCAAAGCCCACGAUCAUGCCGCCCACCCUCCGUCUUCGUCAGCACUGCGAAGAACGAGGGACAUGUACAAGGCCGUGCUAGAGCGCGGUCUCUCGAUUGGCAUCUCGCCCUCGUCCCCGGGCUUCCACCUCGCUGCUUCAUUUGCGCCCGAAGACGACGAGCAGGCCGACGAUGACGACGGCGACGGCAGUGGCAGAGGACGGCGCUCGUUGAUGGGCGCCUGGUCCAACUUUGUCAAGAGGCGCGGCAGAAGUCCGCGCUUGCGCGUCAACAGGCGGACAUUCAGCGAGGCUGAUAUUGAGAGCCGGCGGCACGCGAGCGAAGCUUCUGCCGCGCCCGAGGAGCAAGGCAUCGAGGAAGACGAGGAAGUGGAGACGCUCGUGGACGAGGAGGAGACGGGCGAGGAGCGCGGCGGGAGCGAACGAGACGCAACACCGCCUUCCUCGUCGGGGUGGAACAUGGUGCUUGCCGUCGACUACCGUGCCCUCUCGGACAGACUGUCGCGACUAAAGAACGAUGCAGGCGGGUGGUUAGGCCUUGGAGGAGAGGCAUCCAGGCAGGGAGGCCCGUCUUCGCGAGACGAAGAGGAAGAAGAGAGACGAUCACUGGUCUAG